AUGUCUUUCCUUGAUAAUCAUUCUUGUGAGUGCGUUAAGUCAGAAUUGGAUUUGUUUGCACUACCGUCUACACAAACUAGCAUUGAAAAUGGAUUGUGGAUUCAUUAUAAACCAAUUUCAUCUCUUGGUGAUGAUGGACCUAUCGAGUUUCAAGUUCCUGGGACCGGCGAUGACUACAUAGAUUUGUCUCAUACAUUACUCCACAUAAAGGCAAAAGUAUUAAAUCAAGAUUCAACUAACUUGGUAUCUACUACAAUAGUAGCACCUGUAAAUAAUUGGCUGCAUUCACUUUUUAGUCAACUUGAUGUUUAUUUAAACCAAAAACUUGUAUCACCACCUAAUAAUACCUAUGCAUAUCGAGCAUACAUGGAAACCCUUUUAAACUAUGCCCCUGCUGCUAAACAAUCUCAUCUUACUUGUAGUCUUUGGUAUGAGGAUACAGCAGGAAAAAUGGAUUCUACAGAUGGUAAAAACAUAGGAUUUGUUAAAAGACAGGAAUUGAUUAGUGAAAGUAAGGAAAUAGAAAUGAUUGGUCAUCUUCACGGUGACAUUUUUAACCAAGAUAAAUUUUUAAUUAAUGGUGUUGAAAUGAGUGUUAAAUUGGUUCGAUCAAGAGAGAGUUUUAAUUUAAUUGUUGGGUCAAACGAUGUAAAGUUUAAAGUUUGCAUUACGGACGCAACUCUUAUUGUUCGACGAGCACGAAUUAAUCCAAGUGUAUUACUCGCACAUCAAAAAGUUUUAGCUUCUACCACUGCUAAAUAUCCUAUUACUCGAGCUGAAGUAAAAGUUUUAACAAUUCCUUCGGGUGUUCAAGGAAAAACUCUUGAUAAUAUAUUUUUAGGACAGGUACCGAAAAGAUGUAUAAUUGGAUUUGUGAACAAUUCUGCAUUUAAUGGUUCCCUUACUAAAAAUCCAUUUAACUUUGAAAACUAUGGUAUUAAUUCUUUCAGCUUAUAUAUUGAUGGUCAACAAAUACCUUCAAAAGCUUUGCAACCAUCUUUUAAUAAUAGCAUAUUUACAUCAGCAUAUCAUACUCUAUUCUCGGGAACUGGUAUUCACUUUCUUAAUGAAGGAAAUGGAAUCUCUUGUGAACAGUAUGGCAAAGGUUACUGUCUAUUAGCAUUUGACUUAACUCCUGAUUUAUCAGCUAACUCAUCAACUCAUUGGAAUCUCAUAAAGCAUGGUAGUGUAAGAAUAGAAGUACGAUUUGAAUCCUCAUUAAUACAAACAAUUAACUGUAUAGUUUAUGCUGAGUUUGAUAAUAUUAUUGAGAUAGAUAAAAACAGAAAUGUUACUGUAGACUAUAGUAGUUAA